AUGGCUAUCUUCGAUCCGUUCAAAUUCCGGCAUAAAUCUCCGGCGAGUUCCCCGGCGACGGUGAUGAAGCCCGGCUACGUUCUCUCUCUUGCCGUCAAGCCCGUCCUCGCUGUAUGCAGCUUCGCCUCCGUCGUUAUCUGCUUCUACGUCCUCUUCUCCGGCGGCUGCUCCGACUGCUAUCGCAUCUCCGGCCACCGCCGCUCCGGACCCUUCUCGACGGUGGUAAUAUCCACCGCCGUGUCCGGCACCUCUCCGCCGCGGAAUCAAACGCCGGAGCCGACGGAUGUGUCGCACAUAGUCUUCGGCAUCGGCGGCCCGCCGUACCGGAUCUCUGGCGAUACCUCCCGGUUCAGUUACACAUGCUGGUAUGGUUCGAGAUCUGCCAUAAGAAUGGCGAGAAUCGUGAAGGAGACCUUCGAAUUAGGGUUAAAGAACGUGAGAUGGUUCGUGAUGGGAGACGACGAUACAGUGUUCUUUCUGGAUAACCUUGUAACUGUUCUGAACAAGUACGAUCAUAACCAGAUGUAUUACAUCGGGGGAAACUCAGAAAGUGUAGAACAAGACGUUGUUCAUUCGUACGCCAUGGCGUACGGCGGCGGGGGAAUCGCCAUCAGUUAUCCGUUGGCCACCGAACUCGUACGGAUACUCGACGGAUGUAUAGAUCGAUACGCAUCGUUUUAUGGGUCCGACCAGAAGAUCCAAGGUUGUAUUAGUGAGAUUGGAGUUCCCAUGACCAAGGAGCUAGGGUUUCACCAGGUGGACAUACGUGGCAACCCGUUCGGUCUGCUCUCGGCACACCCCCUGGCCCCACUGGUCUCACUCCACCACCUCGACUACGUCGACCCGAUUUUCCCCUCCACGUCCCGAGUCGACUCGCUGAAGCGACUCGUCACCUCAUUCAGAACCGACCCCAAUCGGAUCCUCCAACACAGCUUCUGCUACGACCGGACCCGGAACUUGUCCUUGUCCAUCUCAUGGGGCUACGCCGUCCAGAUUUAUCCGUCGAUUCUCACGGCCAAAGAGGUCGAGACGGCGGUCCUAACGUUCAGGUCGUGGAAGGAUUCGACCACGGAGCCAUUCACGUUCGAUACCCGACCCCUUAGCGACGACCCGUGUGGGAGACCCAUCGUUUAUUUCUUGGAUCGGGUUUACGAACUCGGGUCGGGUCAGACGUUGACUACUUACAGGAAGCACGCGGAUUCGAAUGAGCAGCAGUGUGAGGGCUCGCCGGCGUAUUCUCGCGCCUCGGCCGUUGAGUUCAUCGACGUCACUGCCACCAAGAUGACGUCAGACGUAUGGAAAAAGGCGCCACGUAGGCAAUGCUGCGAGGUGAUCAGCGGCGGAGGUGACGCAGAGAAUGCUGUGAACGUGACCAUCAGAAAUUGCAAUUCUUUCGAAAGCGUGUCUCCUCCUUUGUAGCAUAGAAACGGUGCCGUAUAACUAUCUGGUGAGUAAACGACGUCGUUUUUUUCUCAAUUCUAUAAACUACAAAAGCAAUAGGCGAACUACAUAUUUUUGUUUAUG